AUGAACGGCGUGGCCGAAUCCAAGGUUGGCAGCAUAAUCAAGUCGCUCUCGAUGCUAGAAGAUGAUCUGGACUCUCUGCAUUCCAAGGCAUCAGAUAUGAAGAAGAACCUGUCAAUCAAGGCACAUAGCGAGAUCGACAGGCUUUUGGAAGAGGUACGCAAGAUGGCGGCCGCAGAGGCCGAGAAGAUCAUUACCGAAGCGCGUGCAAAGGCCCAGUCACAGGCAGAAAAGAUAACCCGGGACGGAGAAGAGAGGCUGAAGGAGAUACAAACCAUGGUUGAUGCAAACUUUGACGAGGCAGUCGAGGACGUUGUGUCGGCCGUGUUAGAAAAAUAA